UGGUGCAACCCCCAAAUGCGUCCCCCUCUCUAAGAAGCGGCCCUCGUGGAGGGAGAAGUCAUGAGCCGAUACUGGAAAUUGUCAAAUCUUUUGCUUCAGCACCAGAGGAUCCACACUGCUGUACAAUUACUGAAAAGCAAAACGGGAGCAGAGCAUCGUUGGCUGGAGCGGCAUUUCAGUGACCCUUAUGUGAAGAAGGCCAAGAAGGAGCACUAUCGUUGCCGGAGUGUCUACAAACUGCUUGAAGUAGAUGACAAAUACCGCAUCCUUUGCCCUGGGCUGCGUGUGAUAGACUGUGGCACGGCCCCUGGGGCUUGGGCUCAGGUUGCAGUCCAGAGAGUCAAUGCGACGGGUUCUGAUCCAGAUGCCCCAAUCGGCUUUGUUCUUGGAGUUGACCUCCUUCAUGUUCUUCCUCUAGAAGGAGCAGUCCUCUUACCUCACGCUGACAUCACAGAUCCAAUGACCCAAAAGAAAAUCCAGGAAGUGCUCCCUAAAGGGAUGGCAGAUGUUAUCCUGAGUGACAUGGCACCCAAUGCUACUGGUAUCCGGCAACUAGAUCAUCAUAAGUUGAUCCAUCUCUGCUUGUCUCUUUUGGAUCUGGCUCAGCACAUUUUGAAACCUGGAGGAACCAUGCUCUGUAAGUACUGGGAUGGAGGGGAGAGCCAUCUCCUGCAAAAGAGACUGAUGCAAGACUUCCAGGAGGUGAAGCCCUUAAAACUCCAAGCCAGUAGGAAGGAAUCUGCCGAGAGAUAUUAUCUGGCGAAAUCAUACAAACAAGCAGCCCGCACGGCAUCAGAAACAUGAGACACUGUGUGCGUGCUUUGUGUGGUACAUUUGAUGAAAGCUGCAGAGUUGGUUUUAGUUGGCAGAGGGCUGUAAGUCCAGAGUUUUUGUGAAACAAUGAGUAUCUUUGGAAGGAUGUGGACCUCAUUUGCCAGCUAUUGCAACAGAUCUUCUUCCCUUUGAAGUAACCAGGAAAUAUGAUUGAAGGGUGGUAUAAAAAUGUUUAUAAUAACUAAAUAAAAUCUAGAGGUCAUUAAGAGCCCAGUUCAGCUUUAACAACACACAAAACAGUACAAGGUGUUGGAUAGAUAUUAGCCAGCUGGGAACCCCAGGGUUUCAGGCAAGAGUGCUUUCCAGACCUACCUGAAGACACCUGAGACCUUAUGCAUUCAAAGCAACUGUUCUGCCCCUGGACUGUGCCCCUUCCCCGCUUACUCAUUUAAAACUAGAACAUGGAGAGAUAUCAGUUGACAGAUGUUUCCUCUGAAAUAACUUUUUUUCUUAAGUGCCAUUUGUACAAAGUGUAAUGCUUAUCGAUGCAAAGAUGCUGCACUGUACAGUUAUGCAACUUUUAACAAUACAUUUUUUUGAAAAACACCCAUGCCGAGAUAGAACUUGUGUCAUGUCCAGCUCAUCAGCUGCUUGUUCUCAUCCUGCUUCCCUUUCCUUCAGAUGGGGAUGUUCAGAGGACACACUGAGGGACUUAUUUGGGGAAGAGCACUAGAGGUUUAGCAAACCCAUAUUGAAAUGUGGUGAUUCACAGAUGUUUUAAGAGGAAAAGGAAUUGUAAUCCUGCCUCUCAACAAGCCUGACUGGGAGGCUGCCCUGCAAACAGGCUGGGGUAGAGAGGGCCCUAAUUUGUAGCCUCUACCCCAGGGGUCAGCAGCCUUUUCUAGCCGUGGGCCGGUCCACCGUCCCUCAGACCAUGUGGUGGGCCGGACUAUUUUUUUUUUUGGGGGGGGGAAAUGAACGAAUUCCUAUGUCCCACAAAUAACCCAGAGAUGCAUUUUAAAUAAUAAGCACACAUUCUACUCAUGUAAAAACACUAGGCAGGCCAUACAAAUAAUCCAGAGAUGCAUUUUAAAGAAAAGGACACAUUCUACUCAUGUAAAAACACACUGAUCAACGGACCGUCUGUGGGCCGGAUUGAAAAGGCGAUUGGACUGCAUCUGGCCCACAGGCCUGAGGUUGCCUACCCCAAGAGUGGCUAUGCGGGUGGUACUGUGGUCUAAACCACAGAGCCUAGGGCUUGCAGAUCAGAAGGUCGGCGGUUCGAAUCCCUGCGACGGGGUGAGCUCCCAUUGCUCAGUCCCUGCUCCUGCCAACCUAGCAGUUUGAAAGCAUGUCAAAGUGCAAAUAGUUACAUAGGUACCGCUCCGGCGGGAGGGUAAACGGCGUUUCCGUGUGCUGCCCUGGUUCACCAGAAGCGGCUUAGUCAUGCUGGCCACAUGACCCGGAAGCUGUACACCAGCUCCCUCGGCCAGUAAAGCGAGAUGAGCACCGCAAUCCCAGAGUCGUUCACGACUGGACCUAAUGGUCAGGGGCCCUUUAUCUUUACCUUUACCCCAAGAGUGGGGAACUUUUCAGGCCUGUGACCAAUGCUCCCUCUUUCCACACAAUUGUCUUUCAUCUUCUGGUUUGGAGAGAGGGGAGAAGGCCGGUCAUCAAGGUUGGAGUGGGCCCAAUGGUUCCUAGUUGCUACAGAUGACGGGAAAGCAGCAAUACUCUACUGGCAUUGCAUGGGGUUACCACUAAUCAAUUUUGGUGGCUUGGAUAUGGGGAGUGAGAAGAAAGUGAUCUGCCAAAACGCCGUGUGUUCCUGUCCUGACAUGAGCGCAGGAAAACAACAAUUUUGCUUCUCUGGUACUAAGUCAUGGAGGGACUUCUUCCUGUCAUGAAGCUCCAGUUAAAAGGACCAGGUAGAAGGUGAGAGGAUACAGCAGCAACAUCUCUCUCUCUGUUGAAUGUUCAGAAUGUCUUGCCUGUGAUAACCUUUAUUAAAAAUUAUGGAUUUCUUCAGUGUGCAGAGUUCUCUGUAUUUCUCUAUGGCCUCCAAAGCCAUCUUACAGUACUUAAUGCCCCUCUACCCACCCAUCUCACUUCCUUGCUUCUUACCAUUCCUUCUGUUUUCAAUUAAUUUAAUUUAAUUAAUAACAGAAGAAGAGCCUGCUGGAUCAGGCCAGUGGCCCAUUUAGUCUGGCAUCCUGUUCUCACAGUGGCCAACUAGAUGCCCCAUUGGGAAGCCUGUAAGCAGGACCCGAGUUCAAGAGCUCUCUCCCCUCCUGUGAUUUCCAGCAACUGGUAUCUGGCAGCAUUUACAGCUUCUGGCAGUGGAGGCAGAGCAUAGCCAUCCUGGCUUGUAGCCAUUGACAGCCUUCUCCAUGAAUCUGUCUAAUCCUCUUAAAGCCAUCCAAGUUGGUAGGCAUUGCUUGCUCACUGUGGGAGCGAGUUCCAUAGUUUAUUCUUUUGGCAGUGUGAAUAAGUCCUUUUAUUUGCUCUGAUUCUUCCAGCAUUCGGCUUCAUUGAAUAUCUGCAAAUUCUAGUGUUACAAGAGAGGGAGAGAACCUUUUCCUCUGUCCACUUUCUACAUGCCACACAUAAUUUUAAAAAGAAAGCCUUUCCUAACGCAGCUCAUAAUCUAUGAACCUUGUUCCCACAGGAAGCAGUGAUUGUCACCAACUUGGACACUUUUAAGACUAGUGGACAAAUACACGAAGAAAGUUGAUAAUCAUAAUAAUUUAUUGAAAUUAUAUACCACCCUUCAUUCGAAAAUCACAGGGCAUUUCACAACACAAAAAUACAGGAUGAGAACACAAGAUACAUAAUAAGAGCAAGAACAAAAGCAAACCAAAAGCUCCCCUUCCACAGGCACAUUUAAAAGGCCAUAGAAUGUUUAAUCAGCU